AUGGAAACCAUUUUGUUUGUCUUAAGCAUAGGUUGUGUGGCUGUGCUUCUGGCAUGUUUUGUCGCCGUCUACGCUUGUUGCGCCAACCGCGGUGGCGGUGGCGAUGGCGAUGAAAGCCAGAAGAAUCUGGUUGACGUGGAAAAGGUUUGUGUAGCUGCGCUUCUGGCAUGUUUUGUCGCCGUCUCCGCUUGUUGCGCCAACGGCUGUGGCGAUGACAAUGGCGAUGAAAGCAAGAAGAAUCUGGUUGACGUGGAAAAGGGUGAAGCGGUCACACAAGAACAAGAUGUUUCAAAGUCGCGUGCCGCCAACACUUAUGGCACCUUCUUAGCUAUUCAUCGUAAUCAGCAAGUCCAGGUCUCCCAUCCUCAUCAUCAUCAUCAUCAUCGUCAUCAUCAUCAUCAUGUUUCACGUUAA